AUGCUUCCUGGCCCCCUGGGGCUACUUACUGCCCAGGGUGCCAGCAGGGAGGGCAUUGGGAAGGAUUGGAUGAGGGCACUGGGCAGGCUCUGCUCUGCUGCAUCACCGAGCCCAUCUCAUGGAGCUGGCAGCCCGUCCUGCAGCCACUGCACGGUUUCCCUGGUUCCCGGCCCUCUCCAACGCCCCGUCCCCGCUGCAGCCGUGCAGAACCUGCAGGUGCAGAACCUGCACCUCUGCGAGGGCUACGUGGGCCCCGACGGCCGCUCCCACUCCGGCUUCUACUGCCCGCGCCUGACCGACCCCCCGGGCCACCGCUACUGCUGCCGGCCCAGCCCGGCCGCUCUCAAGUCCUGCUGCUCUCAGCGGGCGCUGGAAGCCCUCACCGGGGUGAACCUGUCCAGCCUGGCCAGCCCUGGUCUGCUCCGGAACCCGCUGGCCCUGCCUUUCGUGGGGCUCUACGGGCUCCUCGUCCUCCUGCUCAUGGCCAUCGACCUCUGCCACUUCUGCCGGAGCCGCCGCUGCCACCUCCGCCGCCUGCUGCCCGGUGCCUGUCGCGCGGCGCGCCGAGCCCCGCGGGGGCACCGGGCCGGCACCCGGCCUGCCCGCGGUGCCGCCGGGCUGACCCGGCCCAGCCGCGCCUGCUGAGCGCACGGCAGGGCAGGGGGUGCACGGGG